CGGUAAACUUCAAACACGUUGAAGUUGUAACGCUUCUGAAAACGCUGGUCAGGUGUAAAAUGCUCGAAUGAUAAAUGGAUACUUGGUCAAAAUUAAGUAAAUAUGAAAACAACAAAGGAACUAGCCAGAGAGCUUGGUUUCCUGAGACAAAGGAAAAAUCCUGGUACAAAUCUCCACAGUAAGAAAAGAUCCAGAGCAAAAUACCAGGAGUUUUCAUAUCUAAUAGUCUUGGAUUAUGAGUCCACAUGCUGGGAGCAAAGAAAGUUUCAGACCCAAGAAAUUAUUGAGUUUCCUGCAGUGUUACUAAACACUACAACUGGAGAAGUGGAGAGUGAAUUCCAUUAUUAUGUUCUCCCAGAGGAGCAACCAAUGUUAAGUGACUUUUGUAAACAGCUGACGGGAAUUACUCAGGAACAAGUAGACAAUGGAAUCCCUCUCCGUAUUUGUUUGAGGAAGUUCUCUCAUUGGCUGGACAGACUGCAGAAGGAAAAAGGCCUUAUAUUUGGUCCUCCAUCAGAUGACUUGGGGGAUGCUGCAUACACAACCUUUGUUACAUGGUCUGAUUGGGACCUUGGAACUUGUCUUUUAAAUGAAUGCAAAAGAAAACAGCUAAUAAAACCAUCACAGUUAAAUAACUGGAUUGAUUUAAGAGCCACCUACAGGAAAUUCUAUAGCAGAAAACCCAAUGGAUUAAAUGGCGCUCUGCAGGACCUGGGGAUUGAGUUUGAGGGCAGGGAGCACUCCGGUAUUGUUGAUGCCAGGAACACAGCUACCUUGGCCUACAGGAUGAUGUGUGAUGGUUGUGUCAUGAAGAUUACAAAGACUCUGACUAGAGGGAGUAAAUCCACGAGUCCGAUCACAGUUGAGAAUCUGUUGAACUCGAAGAAACCAUUAAGUCCAACCAGGAGCCCAUUACCAAAGCGUAGGAGAAUGUCUGACAUGGGUAAAGAAGAGGAAGUUAUGAUGGCCACACCAGACAAAAACUCCCACAGCUUCUUAAAGCCAGUGCUUAGAAGAUCACCCAGACAUUUAAAGAAAACCCCGACUCAUGUUACCUCCCCUGUCAGAAAAUCUCCAAGGCUAUUGAAAAGGAGCAGAGAAUCCAUGUCUGCUGAUUCAAAGGUGAAAAAUGCCACACAGAGAGAAACUCCAACCAGGCAUAUUGUCUCCAAAGGAUUUUCAAUGAAGCAGAUUUACAUGGAUGGUAACUGCAGAUCUGUUGAGUCGUUCAGUGUGCAAAUGAAAGCCGGCAGUGGCUUAUCUAAUAGAAAUGGCAAUAUGAGUAAAGCAAGUGAACCAAAUAAAAAUUCUAUUAAAGACUCAAACAAAAGUAACACAGAUAAAAGUGGAAAAAUUUGUGUCAAUUCCCAAGUUUCAAGUGUAGAACAUGGUGGACAAUUUAAGGUUCCUAGUCCAAGUUUUCAGUUUUCACUAUGUCAAAAAUCUGCUUUAAAUGUUACCAAUUCUACUAUAAACUCAAGCAAUUCAAUUCUUAAGACCCCGGACACCAGUAUGUCAUCAACAAUGAAAGCAACACCACCCCUGUGUAAAUGUGGACGUCGGUCAAAGAGGAGAAUGGUGCAAUCCCCAGGACCAAACCUUGGUCGAUUUUUCUUUUCUUGUGCGGGGGUGAAGACAACAGACAGAAAUGGGUGUGGCUUCUUUCAGUGGGAGCCCUCCGUCCAGAGUUCAGGGUCCACAAGCAGACGACAGAGUUUUGUUUCCAGGUACAAUCUCUCUGGUCUCUCUAAACCAUUCACUCCUGUGUUUCAACAAGCUGAUAAAUUCAACAGUUCUGCUCAACAAAGAAGAAGUUUAGGAGUUAGACCCAGUGUAAUUAAGGGUUGUAUCAGGUGAUAUAGGUCUAUUCAUUUCGUUUUCUGUAAACAGAAUUUAAUCAAUGAAAACAAUUUUCUUUAUUUUAAUGAAUUGAAUUCAUAAGAAUAUUUUUUUUAUGUUCCUUUGUGUGAAUUUUAUGUAUAAAUGU